AUGUCUCCGUCCCCUAAUCUCUCCCGCGUGCUCAUCUUCUCCAGCCGCACCGUCUGCAAGAACAAGUUCGUCGACUUCAUCAGGGACUACCACCUUGACCUCAUCGUGGGCUACGGCACGGUGCCGGUGAUCGUGUCACGUGUGGCCGGCGUGCACACGCUGCUGGACUCGUUCAAGCCAAUCCACGGCGUGCUCCUUCGCGAGGGCGAUGACAUCGACCCCUCUCUCUAUGACGUCGAUGUGGUCGACGCACUCUCCUCAGAGCAACUCGAGGCCGUGAGGCACCUGCACUCGAGCGACGCCGCCAUCGACCAUGAGAAGGACUCCAUCGAGCUCCACCUCUCUCUUCCAUGCCGCGAUGAGUUGAUUUGCUCUUUGUUAGUAUAUGGAUGA